AUCUUUUUUUUUUUUUCUUUUUUUCCUUUUUUAUCUCAAACUUUAGAUGAUGGAAAACUUGCUCUUAGAAGAGGGAGACAUUGUGAAAGUAAAGAAUGUGAGCCUACCAGCUGGAACAUACAUGCAGCUGCAGCCCCAUACUAAGAACUUCUUAGACAUCACCAACCCAAGAGCCAUGUGAGUCAACUGUUUUGGAGUUUCUUUCGCCAUUGUCAGAGCAGCUUGAUGUUUUUCUUUUUAUGUUUCUUUUACUUCUUCAUGUUACUUGCUGGUUGGAGACUAAAUUGAGGAGCUUCUCUUGUUUAACUACUGGUGACACCAUAGUGAUUGAUUAUAGCAAUAAGAAGUUUUACAUUGAUAUAGUAGACACCAAACCCUCUGCUGCGGUAUGUAUUAUUGACACAGACUGUGAGGUGGACUUUGCUCCUCCUCUUGAUUAUGAAGAAGCCGACGAACCAAAACCAUCUAACCUCUCUAGCAAGACAGAAUCUAGAGAGUCAAGUGAGACACAGUCAGAAGAGCUUGCCACAAAACUAAUUAAAUUCAAGCCAUUCACUGGUUCAGCAAGACGGUUGGAUGGGAAGCCUAUAUCAGAAUCAGUGGCAGUAGUUUCUUCCUCUCCCAUGCCCCAGCAACCAGAAGACACUGAUGGAACCAAUGGUCCCACGUCAUCCAGCUCUACUACAUUUCAGCGGUCUAGAAAGGUUGUGUUUGGCUCAAAGGAAACAUCAGAAGCUGCCCCAGUGGCCAGUCAAAAGCACCCUCAGGAAGUGGAAAAACCAAAGUUCCAAGCAUUCACUGGGAAGAAGUAUACACUGCAAGACUGAUCAUGAAGGUUAUACUUUUUUUCAAUUGGCUAAGGGAGAACAUAAUCCAAUAUUCUCUACCUCUAUUCAUUCUUUUUGUUCACCAUAUGUUACCAUUUACCCAAAAUUUGAAAUUAGCAUGAGCAGGAGGCAGGGCUUGAUACCCACAUUGAGCAUACUGCAUCAUGCAGUAAACUAAAUGCAAGUUCCACGGAUAGGACUUACGUAUCAUGUCUUCUUGUGCCCUCUGAGCUUUCAACAUUCCUAAGCUCGUUUUAAUGGAGUUUUUCAUUUUUCUUUUUCA